GGAAGUGCGCCGUCCCCUGCCGUAGGACUUCCGGGUCGUCUCUGGUGGUCGCUCCAGCUGCCGCUCCCUCCCUCCCUCGCCGCCGUUGGGCCUGAGCGCGCACUCGGUCGCCGCCACCGCCGCCGCCCGCGGCCUCUUCCUCCUCACCAUGUCGGGCUCCAGCAGCGCCCUCAUGAAGCAGCCCCCGAUCCAGUCGACGGCGGGGGCCGUGCCCGUCCGCAACGAGAAGGGGGAGAUCUCCAUGGAGAAGGUGAAAGUGAAGCGCUAUGUGUCCGGCAAGCGGCCGGACUAUGCGCCCAUGGAGUCCUCCGAUGAGGAGGAUGAGGAGUUCCAGUUCAUCAAGAAGGCGAAGGAGCAGGAGCUGGAGCCCGAGGAGAAGGACGAAGAGCUGACCAGCGACCCCCGCCUGCGGCGCCUGCAGAACCGCAUCAGCGAGGACGUGGAAGAGAGGCUGGCAAGGCACCGUAAGAUUGUGGAGCCAGAAGUGGUGGGGGAGAGUGACUCAGAAGUGGAGGGAGAGGCAUGGCACAUGGAGCGAGAGGACACCAGCGAAGAAGAGGAGGAAGAAAUCGACGAUGAGGAAAUCGAGCGCCGCCGUAGCAUGAUGCGGCAACGUGCACAGGAGCGGAAGAACGAGGAGAUGGAAGUGAUGGAGCUGGAAGAUGAAGGCCACUCUGGGGAAGAGUCUGAGUCUGAGUCGGAAUAUGAGGAAUACACAGACAGUGAGGAUGAGACUGAACCACGCCUCAAACCAGUCUUCAUCCGCAAGAAGGACCGAGUCACAGUCCAGGAACGAGAGGCAGAGGCGCUGAAGCAGAAAGAAUUCGAGCAGGAGGCCAAGCGGAUGGCUGAGGAGAGGCGCAAGUACACACUUAAGAUCGUGGAAGAGGAAGCCAAGAAAGAGCUGGAAGAGAACAGGCGCUCUUUGGCUGCCCUGGAUGCGCUCGACACUGAUGACGAAAACGAUGAGGAAGAAUAUGAGUCUUGGAAAGUGCGGGAGUUGAAGCGCAUCAAGCGGGACCGUGAGGAACGGGAAGCGUUAGAGAAGGAGAAGGCAGAGAUUGAGCGGGUGAGGAAUCUGACUGAGGAGGAACGCCGCGCAGAGCUCCGAGCAAAUGGCAAAGUCAUCACCAACAAGGCCGUGAAGGGCAAAUACAAAUUCCUGCAGAAGUACUACCACCGGGGGGCCUUCUUCAUGGAUGAAGACGAGGAUGUGUACAAGAGAGACUUCAGUGCCCCGACUUUGGAGGAUCAUUUCAACAAAACCAUCUUGCCAAAAGUCAUGCAGGUUAAGAACUUUGGACGUUCUGGACGGACUAAGUACACACACCUGGUGGACCAGGAUACCACCUCCUUUGACUCUGCCUGGGGCCAGGAGAGUGCACAGAAUACCAAGUUCUUCAAGCAGAAGGCAGCCGGGGUGCGGGAUGUCUUUGAGAGACCCUCUGCCAAGAAACGGAAGGUGAACUGAAGGGGAGAGAGCGGUGCAGAGUGUUGGAGGGGGGCUUGGCAGUUGCCCUGAUGCUUGGGAGGGGUCGUGGAAUUUUGGCACAGGUCUGGGCCAGAGCCAUUUCCCCCCUCGCUCCAUAGAGGCCAGAUCUCCCUUGGUGGGGUAGAGCAGCGGACAAGCCAGUCAGCACCAACUGAGUAGGCUCCUGAUCCCCCUGCUGCAGAACUGCUGCCUGGCUACAG